ACUAUUUUUCAUGGCAAUUAUUCAAAUCCAGUAUUAAAAGAUUGUUUCCUGUACAUUUAUUUUCAGUAUGACAGGGUCACUGUAGCCAUCCUACAAUGUUUUCUUACUGCCCUCAAGCUUGACCAACAGAUGAUGGUCAGACAGAUUACAAGUGAAUGUUAAUGGGAGUCAAAUUGCUGUCUCCGCCACAUCCCCUAACAGAGGAACAUGUGCCCUUCAAAAUAUGACUAAACUUUGAUGUUUUUUUCAGAUUGGGUACAAUGGAGGUGAAGGUGUUUGUGGACGGUAUUCCCCGCGUGGUUUGUGGCGUAACAGAUGAAACGACAUGUCAAGAAGUUGUUAUAGCAUUGGCUCAAGCCCUUGGUCAACCAGGGCGCUACACAUUACAGGAGAAAUUUAAAGACUUCGAGCGGAGCAUGGCGCCCAAUGAAUGCCUACUGGAGACUCUUGAGAAAUACGGCCAGCAGGCAAGGGACGUCCGACUCACACUGCUUCACAACGGACCUUUGGUCUUGGACGAAAUGAACAGGACAAAAGUUGGGAGAUAUCAGCCCUGCCCACCAUUGAGAAGAAAAGAUGCAGGCACCAGAAUGCGGCGGGGUAGCGGUUCACUGAGUUUGCAUCGUCAAAGUUUGCCACUAAGUUUAAGACAAGAGGCUGAGCAGCAGAAAGAGGACGUGAAACGACCAAAAAGAAAGUCUCUGACGCUCAUGGAGGAAGCCUGGGAAUGGCUGGAGAGUCUUGGUAAAGGCAAGGUCUAUAGUACCACAUUUGAUAAGGACAGCAGUAAGAAGACGGAUAAAAGGAAUUGUACCUCUUUGGGUGUUUCUCUCACUGUGGACCAUGGUAACUCAGGUAGAAACAGUAGAAGCAAAGUCAGAGGUCAGAAAAUUGUAAAGUCAGACUUGGAUCAUCAAACGUCCUGCUGCAUGGGGAGUCAGACGAGGGGUAAAGUGAGUAAACGAGCAGAGAAGACUGAAGUGGCAAAAUCUGAUCAAGUAGCCAGUUCAAAACCUGCAACAAGUGAAGACGAUAAAAACAGUCUAAGAGAAACCAUAAUAUAUCAACUGAGCUGUUUGCAGGACUUACAGGACCAGAUUGCACGCAUAGACAAACUGAUUUUGGAGCUUGAGGAAAAACAGCGGGGCAAGAAAGAUGAGCAGGAAGCCCAGCAGAGAGUGGUUGAAGAGGAGGUAGAGCAGAUCAAGUUUUGGGAGAAUGAGUUAAAGGCAGAGGAAGGUUUCGAGAAAGACUUGCAAUGCCAGUUCCUUGAGAUGAGAGCUAAUGCUGUUGGGUGCAAGGCCAAACUGGAGGAGUACCAUCGCAAAAUGCAGGGGCUUGAUUUCUUUGCCCCUCAACACGUUGCUGAAGGGGAUUCAGAGAGCAUUUCAGAAGACGGUGAAAAAGCUUCCACGGAUAAUUCAGCUGUUUCAACUCAGGACCAACAAUCUGAUCAAGAUGGGGAUGUAAAUAUUAACAGGAAGUUCCUGCCCUGUGAGGACUUGAACCCUCCUCACGCUCUAGUUCCUCCCGGGCAGAUAAAGGAGCGACGGCCCACUGGGCCCACUGAGCUGAGGGAGUGGUGGACGCGCUGGUCUCAGGCCCAAAGCCCUCAACCACAGAGUAAAAAGAAGGUGAUUCACCGCUCUGAGCUCACCAUAUAUCUGGGCAGUACAAAGGUUUAGAAUCAUAUUGACAGAUGUCACAUAUUAAGAUUUCAGAGCAAGAAAUAUUGGGAAUGCUGUACUUUCUAAAUCCUCACAAUGCAAGAUAUACAUCCUACUGGUACUGUAUUGUGUACCACUCUAAUCCUAAGCAAGUGGAUCUGAAAUCAUGUGCAACAGGAAGAUCUUCCAUAACAAAAUCCCCCAAAAAGUCUUAAAGCUAUUUUUCUGUACAGUACAAUAAAUACACACUGAAAAAAGGAUGUAAUAACUUUAAAUUUGUAAUUCAGAACUUCUUCUGCAAGGAGGAUUUCAUGACAGUCAGAAUCAAACAUGAGAACAUUCAUAUUUGGGAAUUAUGGAAUACAUUGUACAUAAUAUAAUAAAUAUAGGGCAAUCAAGAAAAUCUUUCCAUCAAGAUCCAGCUUUCAUGUGAGCAUUUUGGGGAUUCUGUCCUCAAUUUGAAGAACGAUAAACUUUGUAAACUAAAAUCUAUGGUGACAAUGAAUCCUUUUUCUCUGAGGAAAGGGGUCAUUUUAUCUGUUGUGAAUAUGCACAUUUUAUCAUCUGCUGACAAACUAAUUGUUUUACUGUGGAGAACCCAUCUAUGCAAAUGCACCUUCAACUUGAUGUAAUAAACCAUGAUACUCUGUAAA